AUGUGGAUAGGUGCAACAGAUAAAGACGAGGAGGGAACCUUCACCUGGGAGUACAAGGCCCUCCCAUUUGACGCCCAGGACUUGUGGGAUGUUGGUGAGCCGCGACAAGUGCUGGACGAGUAUGACUGUGUCAUGUUGACACGACAGGGACGGCUCAAAGUUCGCUCGUGUAAAGAUCAAUUCUUCUCACUCUGCAUUAGUAGCAACGAGGUGGGCUUCUGGUUCGGAGAAAAUGAAAGAUUUCUGUGUCACUGUGACACAUGUACAAAAUCUGAGUGCAGCCUCAACAUGGGCAGAUGUCAUCGAGGCUGGUUUGGCAUGAAGUGUCAGUACAGAGAUUUGACAGGUCCAGCUUACUUAGCCACAAGUUCUGAGCCAAGACUGACGGACAACCGAAACGACACGUGUCUACAUAACAGCAUUGACCAGCAGCUUCGUAUCAGCUUCAAGCACGAGCAGUACUUCACGUGGCUCAGAGUGGUGGUCAAACAGUCCGUCGAUCAAGAGAUGCCCAACGAGUACUCAUUACAAUUUCAGUCGACUCGCCCCGAGCUAGGAACUAUUCGACACCUGUGUACGUCUCCCCCUCACAUUUUUCAAAUGGAUCCCGUCACGACCGACAUCUACUGCACACCUAAGAUCAGAUACGUCAACAAAUUGACGCUGACGUGGAAAGGGAGACAAACACUUUGUUCAAUCCACAUCAGUGGGGGCAGAAAUGUCGCCUUGAAAAUAGCAACAACUUUGACAAAUUUUGGCGAUAUGGACAAUUCGACGUUCACGGUGGAUGGCAAUACGACAACUUGUUUACAGACCAAUCAAGCUUUAGAGAGACAAAAACUGAGUUUAAUGUUUGAAUCUCCGCAACACAUUCACGAGAUAGUGAUCCGCUCUCCGGCAGAAUUUCAGUUCGACAUUUUGGAAGGUUUUAAGCUUGAGUAUUUCGGAGAGUCAGGCCAAAUUCUUCACAGUUUUCGUCAUAUGGACAACAGCACCCGGGGUGUUAUAAUUCUCAAGUCAGUCCACAACUUUCCAAUAUUGCGUAUUGAGAUCUCGUUGGUCAACAAGCAACACUCACUACACAUUUGUGAAAUCGAGGCCUACGGAGACUGUUCCUCCCCUGUAUAUGGCCUGUAUUGUAACGAGAUCUGUAGCAUCAGUUGUGCUGACCAGAUCUGUCUUUAUAACGGGAUGUGUUACGCUUGUGAAAGGGGCAGAUCAGGACAAUUUUGUUUAAAAGGAAACAACAGCCAAGAGACUUGGGAGGCUGGAAAAAACGACUCGUACAUCCCCACACCACCGCCCGACCACGGCAGGAAGACAGCCCGUCUUUUAAGUGGCACUGACCUGAUUCUUUUUCUCAUGUAUUUUAUUGUGCUCUCCGUCCUGCUCUCAUUGGCUGCCAUGUACAUUUGUACGCGAGGCUCUAACUCAGAAGAUGAUCAGGAUAUAAAUGACGGGGCAGACAUAAGCUACGGUCCCAGUAAGUCAUCUCUUCACAGUGCACCGUCUAAAAAUACUUUGAAAGAACGGCCAAGUCAAAAGAAUAUUCUUCAAAGCUCCAAAUCGUGGACAUAUUCUCACUCAGGCAAAGCUUCUGAGUAUUUUAGCGUCAAGAGUUCGUCAAGUUCAAGUUCUAGUAGCUCUGGUAUCGUACCCAUCAUAGUGAACGAUUCCACUGUAUUUAAAGUCAAGAAAAAGGUUCGUGGGUCUUUAGGUGACCCUGUAGAUGCUGAAAUAACAGCCCCAAAGCCAACAGAAACAGCCCCAAAGCCAACAGAAACAGCCACAAAGCCAACAGAAAUAGCCACAAAGCCAACAGAAACAGCCCCAAAGCCAACAGAAACAACAGACCCAAAGCUAACAAAAACAGACCCAAAGUCAACAGAAACAUUAGCCCCAAAGCCAACAGAAAGAACAGACCCAAAGCCAACAGAAACAACAGCCCCAAAGCCAACAGAAACAACAGCCCCAAAGCUAACAAAAACAGACCCAAAGUCAACAGAAACAACAGACCCAAAGUCAACAGAAACAACAGACCCAAAGUCAACUGAAACAACAGACCCAAAGCUAACAAAAACAGACCCAAAGUCAACAGAAACAACAGCCCCAAAGCCAACAGAAACAACAGACCCAAAGCCAACAGAAACAACAGACCCAAAGUCAACAGAAACAACAGACCCAAACUUUUAUGCCUGA